AUGAACUCACAACACACUCUGGGCACUGGAACUACUCAGACAAGGGAAGUACAGACCAGUAAACGUCCUUUGAAACAAACUGUUUCACUGUCACCGUUUGCGCCGCAUCAAAUCCCUCCAAGCCCUUAUAAUCUUGAAUCUUCGAAUGGUUAUUUCCCUACUGCUGGACCAAAACAAUUUAAUAAUAGGCCCUUACAUGCUCGUAGUCAUAGUCAUAAUAACCCCAAUACCUCAUCGUCUAAUUGGACCACGUUAAUUCCACCAUUGCCUAGUUAUCCUCAACAGGCUCAAAAGCCUGGACAAAAUGGAGGGAAUACUUUGGUUACUCCAAAUCAAAGACAUUCGAUAGCAGUAUCGCCGAUUUCCCUGCACAAUGGAACUAAUGAUGGCAUACCAGAUAGAGGGUCAUUAACACCACCUACAAUGUAUUCUCAACCUCCACCUCACCGUCCACAGCCUUCAACCUCUUAUUCCCAACCAGCAUUACCAUUCCAAGGGCAAGCGAAGCCUCCAAUCCAACUUCAACUUCAUUCACAACCCAAGAGCAAACCUUCACCUCAACCACAAGCUCAACCACAAGCUCAACCACAAGCUCAACCACAAGCUCAACCACAAGCUCAACCACAAGCUCAACCACAAGCUCAACCACAAGCUCAACCACAAGCUCAACCACAACCACAGUUACAACCACCUGCACCUACACAUCCACAUCCUCAUCCUCAUCCCCAUCCCCAUCCUCACCCUUACGGUCACUCACAAUCAAAUAAUCCAUUUCUACAACGAGGACAAGGAGAAGAUUUGAAUGUUUCAAAUAAAUCAAUUGGAGAUGUUCAAUCUUCAGAUUUACUGGUACCGGGAGCUGUAAAGAAAACUAGGAAAAGAAAGAAGAUUUGUAAAGCUUGCGGUAAUGAAAUUACUGGGCAGUUUGUAAGAGCUCUUUCGAAUGCUUAUCACGUUGAGUGCUUUUCUUGUAAUGAAUGUGGAAAGCAAUGUGCUUCAAAAUUCUUUCCCUAUGAAAAAACUGAUGAGGACACUGGGUUAAAGUUCCAGGUUGCAUUAUGUGAAUAUGAUUACUUUAAGAAGCUUGAUCUUAUUUGUUUUAAUUGUAACUCUGCGUUGAGAGGACCAUAUAUCACUGCUCUUGGCAAUAAAUACCACCUUGAACAUUUCAAGUGUGCUGUAUGCCAAAAGGUUUUCGAGUCUGAUGAAAGUUACUAUGAACAUGAAAGUGAUAUUUAUUGUCAUUAUCAUUACUCUAAACUCUAUGCAUCUCAUUGUGAGGGGUGUCAUUCUUCCAUUGUGAAGCAAUUUGUGGAGUUAUUCAGAGGUGGGCGUAAUCAACAAUGGCAUCCUGAAUGUUAUAUGGUCCAUAAAUUUUGGAAUGUUUAUAUAACUGCAGAUUCGGUUGGUUUACAGAAGCAUUUACGUAUUUCCAACACUCAAACGUUGAAUAUGAAAAAUUUAAAGGAGUCGGACAAUAUUUCGUCAGAAUUAUUAUUGGCUGCAGAACAGCAAAUUGAGAACACUGUAAUGAAUUGUUGGUUAACAUUAUCUGGUUAUGAAGAAACUACUGCAUCUUGUAUAUCUGAUAUGUUACUUAAUGCUUGUAUUUGUGAUCAGGCUAAUGGUUUACUUUCUACAGGAAAAUUAAUUAUAAACAUUGAAGUACUUUUUGCAGCUAUUGAUACCGUUAGAAACAUUUGUUCGAAAAUGAAUGUCUUACCACCGUCAUUUACGUCAGGAUCAGAGCUGCCUCUGGAAAGUGAAGUAUUUCAACCUUUGAGAAAGGAACCUCGUAAUAUAUCUGGUAAAGUUAUGAGUUAUUUGGCCAUAUUGAGAAAAUCAAAACAAAUAUCUACAUCAGGGAGUCUUUCUGCAGAAUUAUUAUCAGUUAUCACAGGAUGUGCACAUUAUUUAAAACUUUUGAUACGGAUUGGUCUUAAUAAUGCAUUGAAAGCUAAUAAAUUGAAUGGUUCUACAGAAGCAACUGAUUUAUUCCUUUCUUGUGUUAAGCAGCAUGAAACAUUUACCAGUAAUAAUAAUAAUAAAGCCAAUACGAAAAAUGUUGAUUCGAAGAAUAUUUUGGUUGAAGAAAUAAUUGAUAAGAAAUUAUCAAUUCCAAUGAAUGCUACCGAUGCAUGUCAAAGUUGUGAGAAGAGUAUUGAGAAAGAAUGCGUUAAAUUUCAGAACAAAAGAUGGCAUUUAAAGUGUUUUCAAUGUUCUCAAUGUACACAAACAAUCUCUACAAAUACGGGAAAUUUACGUAAAUGUGGAUAUAAUACGUUAGGUGGUUUGAUUUUAUGUGAGGAAUGUAUCCAUGAAGAUACCGAUGCGAAAACUGGUUUUGAAUACGUAAGUGAUUUAUCUCAAUUAGUAUACUUAUUGAAGAUCGCAUUGGCUAGAUCAAAAUCUGUUAUGAAUGCUGCGCAACAAACUUCAAAUGAAGAAUUGUCCCACAAACGUAAUAAGAGUGGUACGAAUAUGUCUACCAUUGAAGAAGAUCAUACACGUGCUAACACUGAAAGAGGUUAUUCGAAAACUCUCAAUGAUGUCACUAGAUUAAGAUCUAAAAGACAAAGUCAAAAACUUUCAGGUUCAAUUAAGCAAAAUGCUCGUAAAUCAGUUAUUCUAGAAGCUCCGGAAGCAGACAAAGCAAAGGAAGGGGUUCAAAAUGAUGAGUUGGUUGUUGAAGGUGACUCAAAGGAAGAUCUCUCGAAUAGCCGAAUUCGCAACACAAGUUUCUCGUCUCAAUUAUCUUUCACCUCGCAAGAACGUGAAAGUGAUCAUUUCAAUCUCAGUCAACGUAAAUCUUUAAAGAUAAGAGAUGUCCCUCAAAGACAAUUGACAAAUAGUCACCUUGAUAGAACUUCUGACCUUUUAAAGAAUGAGAAAUCAUUGACUUUGGAUGAUAUUCCUAGAAUUGUGGCAGCCGAACAGGCAAGAGAACAGAGACCAAAUGCUUUCAAGCACCAUAAUAGUCUUUACCAGGGACAAAAGCCAAUGCAACCAGUGAAAACGGUUGCAGCUGCAACUGGUCGUAGUAAUACAAGAAAAUCGACUCAAAAUGGAAGAAUUGAAUCCAACCCUGAUUUCCCUGAACCAAGAAAAUCUAAAUAUUAUUCUGAAUUAUCAAAAUCAGAGCAUUUUAUUUUAAGACAUAUCGCGGUUGAAGCCUUAGUUCAACUCCUGGGAAAUAAAUUCAAUAAAGAAGUUUUAUUGGGAUUAAUUCAAACCAGAAAACUGCCAACUUUCUGGGAUAAAUUCAAAUUUGGUGGAGACCCGAAGAAGGAGAAGGCUACUGCUGUAUUUGGUGCAGAUCUCCAAGAGCUCACAAAUAAAUAUGGGGUGGAUUCUGAUCAUGGGGUUGGACCAUCUCCAUUGCGUAUUCCAAUUGUUGUUGAUGAUGUGAUCAAUGCAUUAAGACAAAAGGAUAUGUCUGUAGAGGGUAUUUUCAGACUUAAUGGUAACAUCAAAAAGUUGAGAGAGUUAACAGAAGAAAUUAAUAAAAAUCCAUUGAGAUCCCCUGAUUUUAGCAAACAAACUGCUGUGCAAUUAGCUGCUUUGAUGAAGAAGUGGCUCCGUGAGCUUACAAACCCAUUACUCACAUUCAAUCUCUAUGAACUUUGGAUUUCAUCUCAGAAGGAGGCAAAUCCUGAAGUGCAAAAGAGAAUCAUCCAUUUAACAUAUUCUAUGUUACCUAGAAGUCACCGAAAUUUGCUUGAAGUAUUAUUAUACUUUUUCAGUUGGGUGGCAUCUUUUGCUGAGAUAGAUGAAGAAACAGGUUCUAAGAUGGAUAUUCAUAAUUUAGCAACAGUUAUUGCUCCAAACAUUCUCUUUUCAAAGCAAAAGUCACAAAAUGAACAAUCAUCUACUGUAACUGGAGAUACUUAUUUCCUUGCAAUUGAAGUUGUGAAUCAGUUGAUUGAGAUACAUGAGGAGUUAACCGUCAUACCUGAAGAUCUUUGGGACUUCUUUGAGAAUGAAGGAUUUUCUAAACUUCCGGAAAGCGUGACAACUAAAGAAAUCAUGAACAAAUUAGAAAAACUGUCUAAGAAUAUACCAGUCUUGCACUUGAAGGACAAGGAACAAGCGCCUGCACCGGUUAAUAUACAAGCCAAUACCAUUGCUAGGGGCCACUCGAAACACAUUUUGGAAUCACAUGGAGAAACUGCAGAUAUAUAG